AUGGCCGCGCCGGGCGCCGCGCGGCGCCUCUACCGCCGCAUCCUGCAGCUGCACCGGGCGCUGCCGCCCGCCCUGCGGGACCUGGGCGACCGCUACGUCAAGGAGGAGUUCCGGAGGCACAGGGCGGCCGGGCCCGCCGAGGCCCAGCGCUUCCUGCGGGAAUGGGAGAACUAUGCGGCAUUGAUACAGCAACAAAUCGAUGAGGACAAACAAAACCUGAGAGAAAAGACUGUAUAUGGACUCCAGCUCACAGAAGAAAAACUUAAUGACUUCCGUGAUGAACAGAUUGGGCAGCUGAAGGAACUGAUGGACGAGGCUACCAAACCUAAUAAAAAAAUCACCAUUUCUGAAGACUCAAAAUACAAAAACUAAAAGAUUUUGAAAAUUGUUUUAUUACAUACGGAAGCAUUUUGAAACUUCCUUUUCCCACUGGAGUUGAAUGUGGUUUCUGUGAAAUAAUGGGCGCUGCUGAUGCCAUAACUUCUCUGGCUAUUUGGCUUUUUGUGCAAGAAUAAAUAUAAAAUGGAAUAAUCACAACACUGCUAUUUUAAUUGCAGUAUUUUUUCUCCUUUAUUUUUUUCUCCUAAUGGAAGGUGAAGACUGAAAGAUUUCGGUAAAAGUAAAGUGACAUUUUUAAAAUAUAAAGUUGUUAGUUUUGUUUUGUUUUGUUUUGUUUUUUUAAUUUUGUCACCUGUAGGACAAAACAUCUUCCUCUUUGUGUAUCAUCCCCUUCCUUAAUGGAAAAGAUGCAGUUAUCAUUUAUUUUCUGGCUUGGAUUCAGCAGACAAAGGUAUGGUACUAGAGUCAGUUUGUUUUGAUGGAAAGAAAUGAGCAGUAUUAGGAAAACAUACUGCUGGGGAAAUUGGUUUUCUUCUUGAGCUUUAUUGUGAAAUGUGCUUAAAAAUAAAAGAUAUAGCUCACUAUUAAAUUAAUCUUGAAGGAAUCACUGUCUUAGGAA